CGCGGGCGCCGUGGUGCUCGCUUGAGCGCUGCACCAGCUCACUCGGGUCGCUGGCCCCCCCGCCCCGGCCAUGGCGCUCUCUGCUCCCCGGCCCCUGGGGCGGGGUGGAGGCCCGGAGGCUCCGGAGUGAGUGUGGUGGCGCCGGGCGCCUCACGUGUGAUUCAGGGACGGCACGGGGACCGGUGUGAUGAACAGCGUUCCCUGCUGCAUAGUGGGAACCUUAGGAACCAAGCAAUCUCACCUGCUGCCGGGCAAACCUGCACUUGCACCAGGCGCCAUGUGGUCAGCUGAUGAAAUUGCUGAGCUGUGUUACGUGCAUUAUAGGACCAGACUCCCUAAGCAGGGGAAACCAGAUCCGAACAGGGAAUGGACUUCACUGGCAGCUGUUGUCAAAGUGGAGUCUGCAACCCCAAAAGAGGUUCUUGCUAGUCCAGGGAAUCUGCAGGUAACGAAGGAAGUUGUUGCUAUGGGAACUGGAACAAAAUGUAUUGGCCAAAACAAAAUGAGAAAAACUGGAGACAUUCUGAAUGACAGUCAUGCUGAAGUUGUGGCCAAGAGGAGCUUCCAGAGGUAUCUUCUCCAUCAGAUGUGGCUGGCAGCUUCCCAUCAGCAAUGCAGUAUCUUUAUUCCAGGAACCGAAACUGGGAAAUGGAAACUCAAACAAAGUAUCAUAUUUGUUUUCUUCUGCAGUCAUACCCCAUGUGGAGAUGCUUCUAUUAUUCCAAUUAGUGAACCAGAGAACCAGUUUUCUAAGGCAGUGACUAGAGAUGAUGAUGCAGGUGGACAAUCAGCAGAGUGUAGAAGUAACCGUGAUCAUUUGGGUCCAGAAGAUAAAAGGAAAUCAGAGAAAAUGGCAAGUAAUCAUAUAAUCAAAAGAAUGAAAACCGACGAGGACGGUUAUUUUUCUGUAAUCACUGAAGAUCUGGCUGUUCAGCAAGUAUCUGUGAAACAAGACGACGACACAAAUCCAAAGAGCUGUGAAUGUUCUGGAGAGAUGCAAACAGCUAAUAAGGAAACUGGCUUAGGGAGGCCAAAGGUAGUAGAUGUUUAUAGAACUGGAGCAAAAUGCGUACCUGGAGAGCUGGGUGAUGCCCAAAUACCUGGGCUAGGGUAUCACUGUGUGGGAUUAUUACGAGUGAAGCCAGGUCGUGGGGACAGAACAUGCUCUAUGUCCUGCAGUGAUAAACUGGCUCGCUGGAAUGUGUUAGGAUGUCAAGGAGCUCUUCUGAUGCAUUUCCUGCAGUAUCCAUUGUAUCUGUCAGCAAUUAUAGUGGGGAAGUGUCCGUAUAGCCAAGAAGCUAUGCAGAGAGCAAUUAUUGAAAGGUGUCAGCACAUCUCAUUUUUGCCAGAUGGUUUUCUUACUCAGAAAGUUAAGCUGCUGCAGUCGGAUCUGCGAUUCGAACACAGCCGUCAGGCAAUUCAGGAAGCUCGAACUAACAGCAAAAUAAAGCUUGUUCCUUGUAGUGCAGCGAUCAGUUGGAGUGCAGUCCCUGAGCAACCUCUGGAUGUCACCUCAGAUGGCUUCCGGCAGGGAACAACAAAGAAGGGGAUUGGGAGCCAUCAGAGCAGGUCCAAGAUCUGUAAAGUGGAACUCUUCCAUACAUUCCAAAAGCUGGUGGCAAGUAUGUCACAAGAGGAUCUACCAGACACUCUCCGGAUGAAGACUCUAGAAACCUACUGGGACUACAAGGAAGCUGCAUUAAAUUAUCAAGAAGCCUGGAAAGUGCUGCGUAGCCAAGCCCUGCUGGGUUGGGUCAAGAAUGCCAAGGAGUUCCUGCACUUCACAUGAGAAUACAUGCGGCUAUGUAAAUCCAGCCAUAAGCCCUGGUGCACAGCAGAUACCUCUGCAGUUUAAGGGCCAGGAAAAGAGGUCCUCUAGUUCCUGUGCUGUAAGGAGACAGGAGUGAAGAGGAAAGCAAUUUAGAGAAGUCUUUAUUUUGGUUGAAUUGAAGCCCCCUUUUUAUUGAAAUAUAGAAAAGGCUCAUUGCAGACUUAAAGUUCUGAGCUGUAUGAAACAAAAUGCCUCCAAAAGGAAGGAAGCAGUGAUGUCAUAGAAUCGUAGAAUGCCCUGAGCUGGAAGGGACCUGCAAGGAUCAUCAAGUCCAGCUCCUGUCCCUGCACAGGACACCCCCAAAAUUCACACUGUGUGUCUGUUACCCUCUGUCUGAGGAUAUGAUCUAUCAGCCAUAGUCCAUUGCAAUGGAAAUAAUGUCAGCUGAAAUUGAAGCAGUGCUAUGGAAGAAAGGCUGUCAUUGUAAAAUGUUAGUGCUGCUUUUUUCUUCCACUCUUCGUAACGUUAUGGUUGGUUUUAUGUUGCUGGGACAACACUAAUGUAUAGUAAGUAAUAUUUUUAUAACUCUUGGCUCUCCUUGACUGGUGCCUGGAAGAAUUUUCCAUGCCCUCUAGCCCCAUUGCUUCUAACUGGAAAUACUUAUUCUGUUAAAGGGUCUUUUUUUCUGGGAUUCCUUCGUAUAAGCCUCUAUUUACUAAAUAUAGCCAAAGCAGAAGAAAAAGAAUGCUGGGGAGAAGGCUGUGUCAAAUAAUACCCCUUAUGAUACCAAAUAAUCUCUCUCAAUUUCAGGACUUUGCUAGAUACUCCUUCAACUGCUUUGCUGCUGUGGGCAGGAAGGACACCUCCUGAAUUACCUGGUUCAGACCUGUCAAUCCUGUGUAAUUCUAGGCAAACGUUUACCUACUUUUGAGCAUUUCGAGCACUGUCCAUCCCCCCGUCCCCCGUGAUACAUGGUUAAUUAAAAGCAGGGAUGCCUUAGCCAUUUAUGUCACUGUUUCCUAGCCUGGCAAAGGUGGAGUUGCUUCGGGCAGGACUGGAAGUAGACUCUGGCAGUCUUUGCCUUUAUGCUUUAUUACCAAAUAACAACUGUGUGCCAAAACAGUCAACAUUGUGAGAUGGGGGAGAAACAGCGGGUAAUCCUCCUUAAACUUUCUGUCCCAAUUAUUGCCUUCUGUGAGCAAGUUCAGGACUAUGUAACUGCUAGUGAGCACACUCCCCUUUUGUACUUUUUCUUUUGUAAACUACAUAAAAUAUUUGGACAAGGUAAUGGUGUGAUGAAAGAAGUGGAUAAUUUAGAACUAAAGAUUUCUUUAGCGAUUGGA